AUGGUGUCGGGUUUACCGGGAUUAAAAGGGGAGAGAGGUGAUCCAGGUUUACUGGGCCCUCCAGGCAUAAAAGGAGACAAGGGAGAAAAAGGGUCUGAAGGGCACAAUGGAAACCCCGGGGAACCAGGAAAAAAAGGAGAUUCGGGCGAAGAUGGCCUACCAGGAAAAAAAGGAGAACCGGGUGAACAAGGAUUAAGAGGUGAAAAUGGAAUACAGGGAAUAAAAGGCGAGAGAGGUGAUAAGGGUCUACAAGGUGUAUCAGGAACUAAAGGCGACCGAGGAGAAAGGGGCUCAGAUGGUAGUCCUGGCAAGUGCAAACCCUGUACGUGCCCUCCUGGCCCACCCGGCCCACCGGGCCCACCCGGAUUAUCCGGCAAAGAAGGAACACGAGGACCACAAGGGCCACAAGGCCCACCUGGUCCACCUAAACCAUCCCCGGGUAAUGUUUUCUUUACCUAUCUAAACCACCACACAAACCACAGUGCACACACCACCACUAAAUGGAACAUAUUCCUUUCUGGCGCCAUGUAG